AUGUCGUCCUUUCGAGAACUAGGAAACGAGAAGUUCAAAGCCGGUGAAUUCAAGGAGGCCGAGCAACUCUACACCCAAGCAAUCGCCGAACACUCGCGCUCCGACCCCAAAGUCUUUACCAACCGAGCUCUCACCCGCAUCCGUCUACAAGACUGGCCCGGCGCUGAAUCCGAUGCGCGCAAGGCGAUCGAGCUGUAUGGAUCCAAGCACAAGAAUGCCGCCAUGAAGUCUCACUACUAUUUGGCGCAAGCACUUCUCGGGCAGCGGCAUGUCGGUGAAGCCCUGGAGGAAGCGAAAACCGCGUACACCAUCUGUUUAGAAACACACGACAGCUCUGCGGAGCUGAUUUCCAACUUCAUUUUAAAAGCAAAGCAAGCACAAUGGCAGGCCAAAGAGACGGCGCGGUUGAGGGAGAUGAGUGAGACGUUGGCGUUGGUGGAGGAUCUGCUGGAUGCCCAAUUGCAGCGGGAUCUUGACGCCGUGGAAGAAAAGUUCAAGACAGCCCAGAUCGGCGAGACAGGACGCAGAGAGGAAAUCGAAGAGCUCCAGAGAGAGGCGGAUGUGAGAAGAGCAAAUAUCAGGCGGGGAUUUGAAGACAAGGGUGUGCCGGAUUCAGCGGAGAGGGUCGUCCCCGACUGGCUCAUUGACCCCAUAACCUUCGAGGUGAUGCACGAUCCGGUCGUAACACCCACUGGAGUCUCAUACGAGCGAGUAUCGCUUCUGAAACACAUCAAGGCCAUUGGGUGUGACCCGCUCACGAGGCAACCUCUCAAGCCGGACCAAUUGAUACCCAAUGUUGCGUUGAAGAAUGCUUGUGCAGAGUUCCUGGAGAAGAACGGGUGGGCUGCUGAUUGGUAG